AUGAUUAAAGUGGAAUCAAAUUUUAAUAAAGAUAAUGAAAUCAAAGGUAGAAUCAAUGGAUUCCGUCCUUCUAGAGAGUUGCUAUCAAAUGAUUACUCCAACCAUUAUAUACAUACAGGUUCAAACCCUCAAAGUCAUGUAACCAACAUCGAGAAUCCUGUUGAAGGUUACCCUAAAUUACAAAAACUUUUCGAAGAAAAAGAAAGACAAGUAGCAGAAUAUGCUACAAAACCAUUGGGUUGUAAAGUUUCUAUUGAUAAAAUGGUUCCAACGUUAAACAAAUGGAUUCAUAAGGAUAAUUUAUCAUUCGAUGUUAUUAUGAUAGGAUGCCUAACAGAUAAUCAAUUCAUAUACCCUCUGUUAACACAGUUACCACUAGAUAAACUAGUUUCCAAACCAGGGUUUUUGUUUAUCUGGGCCAGUGCACAUAAGAUCAAUGAAUUAUCUAAAUUAUUGAAUAACGAAGUCUGGGCAAAAAAAUUUAGAAGAAGUGAGGAAUUAGUUUUUGUACCUAUUGAUAAAAACUCACCGUAUUACCCAGGUUUGGUCGGGGAUGAUGAUACUCUUGUAGAAAAAGUCCAAUGGCAUUGUUGGAUGUGUAUAACUGGUACGGUUCGGAGGUCUACAGAUGGCCAUUUAAUCCAUUGUAAUGUUGACACAGAUUUAAAUAUAGAAACAUCAGAGACACAGAACGGUGCUGUUCCUCCAGACCUAUACAAGGUAGCAGAAAAUUUUUCAACAGCUACAAGGAGACUUCAUAUCAUCCCAGCACGAACAGGUUGGGAGACACCUGUUAGAGUGAGACCUGGAUGGGUUGUUAUGAGUCCAGAUGUGAUGCUGGAUAACUUUGAUCCAAAAAAAUAUAGACAGAAUAUCGACCAAAUUGGUAGUCACGUCCCUUUCAAUGACGAAAUUGAAUCAUUAAGACCAAAGAGCCCUGUCCAAAGGUAA